AUGUGUCACAGUUGGCUAUGUGUCCAUCAAAUCUGUUGGAUAAUCUUAAUUCGAAGAAAAAUAUGUCCGAGUUUAAUUAUUUCAAUAGCUUAUCCCAACUCCAGCUGCCUUCAUAUGGAUGUGCGCUUUACUACAGCGUUGUCGAUAUGGAUUCAUAAACCUCAAGUUGUACAUAAGGAUGUGUUUGCUUCAUCUGUUAUAUCCGAAACCGACGAAUCCUAUGUAAGGGUCGUCUAUCCCAAGCUCCGUACUGGGGUCAGUGAAUUCACUGAAGUUUGUUCUAAAGGAUCAGCUUACAAGUUCUCAUCCAUAUUCACAACUUAUACAAUAGAAGAAACAAAUGGUCGCAUCCAAGUUUCCGUUUUGGAAGAACCUUCUGGGUUUUUCCAAAGUUCUUGGCUGAAAGAAGUUCUUGAACAGAAGCUUAAUCUUUGGUAUUCUUGUGAUGCGAAAGUUAAUAUCAAUUCUCUCUCACUAAUUGAUUGUCGUCUAUAUCAAUUGGAAUACGAACGCUUGAAAAAUACCUAUGGACCUACCUUAGUUAAGAACUGGCCAGAAAAAACGGAUCCAAUGAAAUUUGUGUAUGAAGAUAUUGGUAUAGCUUGCUACCUUAUGUGUUUAUGGAAAAAUGAACCUGUUAAUUUCAUCGAUCUUGGUUGUGGGAACGGGCUGUUGACUUAUAUACUUUCAUCUGAAGGAUUCAGUGGUGUAGGAAUAGAUGUACGCAAAAGGAAAAUUUGGAGGUCUUAUCCGCUCAGUAUACAGCAACGUUUAAAGGAAAUUUCGUUAAAUCCAGAGGAUGUAUGCGGGUUUCCACACGCUAAUUGGUUAAUUGGAAAUCACAGUGACGAACUUACACCUUGGAUGCCAAUACUAGCAUGUAAAAGUGGACCAUCAUGCAAAUUAUUUGUCUUGCCAUGUUGUCCUUUUGGUCUUUUCGGAAAGUUUAAUAUUCCAAAUAGUUCACUUUCGUUCCUACCUGAAAACAUAAAUGUCAAACAGAUAACAGAAAAUAGUCGUUAUGGAACAUAUCUUAAUUAUGUUCAACAAAUUUUUGCCAUUUGUGGAUUUGUACCUGAGGUUGACGCACUGAGAAUACCAUCGACUAAACGUAUAUGUAUUGUUGGUCGAAAUAUGAUCGAUUCCAAGUACUCUGAUAACAGUGUACAUUCAGAUCGUUUGUCUGCUGUUAAUCAAUACAUUGAAUACGAACGUGGCAUUAUUUCAAAACCUAAUAAAAUGUUCGUAGCACGUUCACCCACAGAGAUCCCCUGUAACUGUGCAAGAGUUUCGAAAUUUGUUCUUGACAAAAUAUCACAAACAGUUUUCGAAGCCUUAUUAAAUUGUAAACCAGAUAAAAAUUAUUUGCAAUCUCAUAAUCUAAUAUUUUCUGAUGAUUUAAAAAUACGAACUUUGGACAGUCGUUGGUGGAAUCCUGGUGGUACAUUAACGCUAUCAGAAUGCAGUGAGCUUGUGUCAUUGGAUGAUAUCAAAUUAUUAAAAUCUCAGCAUGGUGGUUUGCAAACUGUUUUGAGGAAUCACCAUCAAUGUUUUCGAACUAUCAAAAACACCGUUCAGCUACGUUGGUUACCAGAAAAAAUGAUGAGACUUGAUGAUUCUGUAUUUCCGUCAUGUAAUGACAAAAAUGAAAAAAAUCGUAAAACGAAACUCUGCUGGAUGUCGCGUAACCAUCCGGAUGGGUGUCCAUACACUUCUGAAUUGUGCAACUUCGCUCAUGGUGAAAAUGAAAUUCUCACAAGAAUUGAUUCCAAAUUAUAAAAUAUAUGUGUAUAUACAUAAAACAUUUCCAAGCGAACAACGUCUUUACUUUUUUCCAAUGCUUUUGUAAUGCAAUAAACCGCUUAUGAAGUGUCUAGCGAUAAUGAAAUUUCGGUACUCCAAAGUUGUUGCGUAUGAAAUUUAAAAAAUGAGACUGCACUGAAA